UGUUAAAAUGAGAAAAGAUGUGAGAACAGCAAGAACUUUAGUCAUCCGAAAACUAACAAGACACAUGACACAGCUGAAGGCAAAAAAGGGAACAGCUGAUGCCAUUUGUAAGAACCAAAAGCGGGCAGAAAGGCUCUUGGAGGAAAUCCACGCUCUGAAGGACUUGAGACCAGAUGAAGUUUCAAAAACUGCACUUCAGGGAAAUCUCAGUUUCGAAAAGAUCUGCAAAAAGCCUAACUGCACAGUGACCGAGCGGGCAAUUGCACGAUUAGCAUCCCAUCCACUGGUGAGCAAGAAAAUUGCGGCUAUUAAAGUUGCUGUAGAUGCAUUCAAAGAUUCUCGGCAUCAGCAAAAAGAAAAAGAGCAAGACUCGUGCAAUAAGCCUGAUGUGGUAAAGGAACCGGUACAACAGGCAGAACAGCAACUAGUUUCACCCAAUGAAGCAACCAAGGUGAAGCCAACCAAGCUUGCAGAUGGGGAAACCGUAACAACAGCUGGGGAACAAAUCCUUGCAAUUAAAGAGAGGAAAUGUGAACUGGAAACUCUGAAUAGAGAAAACCGGGAUAAGGAUAGCAAUUCUGUACCUCAAGCUGCAAAAGAAUCAACAAUGUCUCAGGAAGUGGGAGAAGAAAACAGGUCAAUAUCAUCCCAGACACUAAAAGAACCGCAAGUUGCCGCUGAAACACAACCAACCAAGUCUGUUGAAGACAAUACCAUUAAUUUGGACAUCACCAAUAACUUAGAGAGCUCCAGUGAUGAAGAAAAGGAAUAUUUUGAUGAUAGUACUGAGGAGAGAUUUUAUAAUCAGUCAUCCAGCGAUGAUGAUUCUUCAUUGGAUGAUUUCUUUAUCGGAAAAGUGAAGAGAACAAAGAAGAAGAAACAAGAAGGCGACACUGACUCUGAAAUCAACACCGAGGAACAAGGAAAGAAAACUGCAUUCAGCAGUGUGAGGAAAGCAAACAUUGCUGCCUCUGGCACUGCUGAUAAAAACAAGAACACCUCUAAAAGGAUAAAGCUUGAGUCUGUUUUCUGUACUAAUCUGAGUUCAAAAGCUGCUGAGCUGAAGAGGAGUCACCAAACAAACACCAAGUUCAACAGAGCAGCAGUUGUACAGAGAAACCCACCGAACAAGCACCUGCCAGCUCGAGGUGGGGCUCGUGAGAGGCCUGGAGUUAUGACCUCAAGAACCCCGCAAUCCCUUCAUCCCUCGUGGGAAGCAAGUAAAAGACGAAAAGCUCAGGCCCAGAUACAGGCAUUCCAAGGAACAAAGAUCAGAUUUGAUGAUGAUUAGUAUUAUAAAAACAUUUGCAGAGUAGUAAAAGAAUGUGUUGCAUUUUUUUGUAUAUGAAAGACCACUUUACAUCCAUGUUAACAGUGUGCUAAUGUGAAUCUGAUAUUUAAAUGACAAUGGAAUGUGUGCCCGCCCUCCCCUCCAUACUUAGGUUCAUUUAAAUUGUAGAAGCCCUUUCAUUCCCAUUUUAUUUAUGAUAGUUGGCUAUUUUUCACAACCAUUCCAAAUCAAAUCCUAAACCUUGAUUGAAAUUAACAUUGAGUCACAUUUGCAAUCCAUGUGAUGAUGAUAAUAAUAAUCCUUGCAUUUGACAUA